AUGUCUUCACAUGUCCCCGUCGCAAAUGGCAUACUGCCCUUCUGGCGGACAGACCCCCACCCUCUAGAUAACUACCGAUCCAGCGAAACUCUACCAGAGUAUGCCGACGUCGUCAUCAUUGGAGCCGGGUAUGCGGGAUCAUCGGUUGCGCAUCACAUCUUGCAACAAGUCAAGCCCGGAUCCAAGGUGCCUUCAAUUGCGAUUAUAGAGGCGCGACAGGCCUGCUCGGGCGCGACUGCUCGAAAUGGAGGCCAUAUGAAGCCGGACAUCUACAACUUUGUCGCCACCUUGGCUACGGAAUAUGGAGUCGAGGCUGCAGCUGAGGUGGCAGCAUUUGAAGCCAAACAUGUAUAUGCAGUCCAGGAAUUUGUUGAAAAGGAAAAAAUUGAUUGUGAUUAUACCGUUACCAAGGCCACCGAUGUGCAAUUGGACGAAGCACACUUUCAGAAGCUCAAGGAUGGGUAUAAUCGUCUGAUUGCCGGAGGCAGCAAACCCACAGCGGGGGCUCAGAUCAUCGAGUCUGAAGAGGCAGAAGCUUUCUCUGGCGUCAAAGGGGCGGUCGGCUGUUUUACUUACGAUGCAGCUCACAUCUGGGCCUACAAAUUCGUCCUCUACUUAUUACAAAGAGUAGUAUCGCAAGGGGUCAACCUGCAGACACAUACACCCGUGACGAAGAUCAUAGAAAAGACCCAUCCGUCUUCCCCUCAUCGCUGGCAAGUGGAGACAUCCCGCGGCAUGGUGGCGGCCAAGGUAGUGGUGCUCGCGACAAACGCUUAUACCUCGACCCUCGCGCCACAAUACCUAGGCAAUAUUGUUCCGGUGAGAGGAACGUGUUGCCGCAUUGUUGUUCCGGCUGGAUCGACGGCCCCUCGCUUGACGAAUUCGUACACCUUGCGAUUAAACGGGUGGGACUAUGACUACCUCAUUCCGCGUGAGGAUGGCAGUAUCGUUGUCGGUGGGGCGCGAUCGUCGUUUAUCCACGAGGAAAAGAAUUGGUAUAAUGUUAGCGAUGAUAGUCGGGUUUUGGAACCCGCGGUCCGAUAUUUCGAUGGGUAUAUGCAGCGCAAUUUCAAGGGAUGGGAGAAGAGUUUCGCGUAUACCGAUCGUAUUUGGACAGGAAUCAUGGGAUACUCCUCCGAUGGACUUCCACAUGUUGGUCAAGUUCCUGGGCAUGAUGGUCAAUAUAUUUUGGCUGGUUUUACGGGGCAUGGAAUGCCACAGAUCUUCCUCGUCGCGGAAGGAAUCGCCAAAAUGGUUGUUGAAGGGGUAGAGUUUGAAGAGACGGGGCUACCGCGACUAUUCAAGACCACUUCACAGCGAAUUGAAAACGGGCGGAAGAAUAUUUUGGACAAUAAUCCUCAGGCUGGCGCAUCUGCUAAGCUAUGA